AUGUCGUCUUCCCAGUGGAAUCCAGAAGACAUCCUGGUCACAUUCCAAAAUUUGUCUGGUGCUCAGGCUCAGGUUGACGCCCAACAACUGCAAGAUGUUGUCAACAGGAGAAUAGCCCUCGGGAUCUUGUACGGUACGCGGAUUGGUGCAGCGGUAAUUACUAUUGUCAUACUGCUCAUGGUCUCAAAAAACCGCAAGACGCCUAUUUUUAUCAGCAAUCAGAUAUCCUUAUUACUUAUUGUUAUACAGUCUGGUGUGUACUUGGGCUAUUUAUUCAGUCCCUUUGCAUCAGUCAGUUUCACGAUAGCAUCACUUCCUGACACAAUUCCAAACUCUAAUUUACGGCUUUUCUCAGCCGCUAACAUAUUUCAGGUCUUGUUGGUCGCAGCCGUAGAGGCAUCUUUGAUACUCCAGGUUCGUAUUAUUUUCAAGAGUGAUACUUUUAAGACUGUCGGCAGGGUACUUGUUGCAAUUUCUACGGCACUCGCCAUAGCUACCAUCGCAAUGUUCCUCGUUUCAGCUGUAAAAUCCAUUACUGCGAUCUACAGCGACGUUCAAGCGGCCGCGGACACGAUUUAUUUCAAUAUUGCUGUCAUUUUGCAAUCCACCUCCAUCAACUUCAUGACCCUGUUGCUCACCGUUAAGUUAGUUUUGGCUGUUAGAUCCAGAAGGUUUCUCGGUCUCAAGCAAUUCGACAGUUUCCACAUCCUGGCAAUCAUGUCAUUCCAAACCCUAAUCUUUCCCAGUUUGCUUUUCAUUUUGGCCUACGCUUUGUCGGGCAACCAAGGUACUAGUUCACUCAACAGUAUCGCUGUAUUGCUAGUCACUCUUUCCUUACCACUGUCGUCGAUGUGGGCAACUUCGGCCAAUAAUGCAUGCAGGCCAUCUUCACUCAACACCUACUUUGCUCCUUCAAUCUACGAUGGUACGUCGACCAAGACGGACGAUCGCAGCAUCUUCUCUCAACCAGCGAGAUCCUCUGGUUAUCAGCGAAGCUACGAGCAAGCUUACGACUUGUAUCCGGUUGUUAAAGCAGAUCCUACACAGCACGAAUACAACUACGAUGUACAAGGUAUGGAUAAAGCUAAUUUCCAAACUCUGGCCGUUUCUAUUAAUACGGCUGGUAACAGUUCCACAUCCAGCAAAUUUAAUCAGGAUAAGCAGCCAGAACUUGGUCAUCUCGAGCGCGCAAUAGAAUCUGGCGUUUACACACCAAAUACUCUUGAUGAUGAAGAUGCUCGCAACUUCUGGUCGGGCACAAAGUCUUGA